AUGACGCAGUUACUACUAAAUGAUGUCCGAUCUUUUGCCGCCAGCUUUGAAGGAUUUGAUUUUUGGGGCGAGGAGAGAAAAGGUCCUCCAGCCUCUAAGGAUGUGAUUGCAAAGUUACAAGAAAAAGUUGUCGGUGUAAAUGAAGAUUCCAGAUGUCCAAUUUGUCUAGUUGAAUACAGCGCCGGUGAAAAAUGCAAACAGCUUCCCUGCAAACACGACUUCCAUCCGACCUGCAUCUUGCCGUGGCUUGGACAAACCAACACAUGUCCCGUCUGUCGACACGAACUGCCAACUGACGAUGAAGGUUAUGAAGAAUAUAGGAGAGAAAAGGCCAGAGCAAAACAGAGGGAGUUUGAAAGAGAAUCUCUGCACAGCGCUAUGUAUUCAUAAUAGAAGAGUUUGAAGGUGUGGCUAGGAAUGUUUUAAUGUAGAGAAAGUGAACUAAAGGAGGAACAUUGAGUUACAUCGGUAGGUGAUGUAUCAAAAGUAUUCUUCCAAAGUUCAGAGGGGGUGACAGGGUUUGCCCAAAUCAGCACCUCAGCAAGUAAUAUUUUAAAGGAGCUUUCUACCAUCAUUAUUUCAAACUGUGUGAGUUUAAUGUAAAUCUGUGGACAUUGCGUUUUGUGUCCUACAAAAGUACCCGGACCCGUUUAAUUUUGUGGUUUUUUUCUGGCAUUCUUUAAUUGCGAGCAAUGUAAGGCAACUUUAUUUUGUAGUCAGUGACUGUUCGAGUGAUAAGAUAUCUAGAAGAUCUUUGACCCUGUGACUUUUAAACGCCUUGCCGAUCUCGAGUCCAUCAGACAAAUGUCAACUUUAAGGCCAGUAUUCGCACUUAAAGGGAGGGUACCCCUUUGGUAAUUACUCAAAAAAAUAAAUUGCCAUAAAAACUUCCCUGGUAAGAAGCACACUUGCAGCUGUUGGUAAUGUGUAACAAUUUGGAAACAACUACCUUCAAAGGAAUGUCAAAGAGGGAUUCAAAAUUAAUAUUUGAAAUAUUUCUCAGUCUUCAAGUUUGUUAGAAAAGAAAGUUAAAAUCUCAGAGCAACGUUUCAGGAGAGUUACGUAUACGUUGUCUCCUGAGACGAAAGUUAUUUUCCUGACAUUGUUUACUCAUUUCUCAAAAACUACAACACCUC